GGCCCGGAGGAGCCGACGAGCAGAGCUUCCACCGAGGGGUUGGGAGGCAAAUGUAGCCCUCUUGGGGAGAGAGGCCGGCGCCGCGUCCCCCUUGGGAAAGACCCUCCCGGAGUUUGGGCGGCAGCACCUGAGAAAGCCGAGCUGCUCCUGCUGCUGCUGCACGGUCUCAGGAGGACUCGCCAGCUUCUCCGGCGCCAGGAAGGACUCGCAGGAUGGACAGAUACAAAGCUCUAGAGCAACUACUUUCAGAACUUGAAGGUUUUCUGAAGAUACUGGACAAGGAAAAUCUCAGCAGCACUGCCAUAGUGAAGAAGAGCUUUCUCUCUGAUCUCCUUAGGCUCUGCACAAAAUCAAGUGGUGGCGAUGAGGAAUACAUUUACAUGAACAAAGUCACCAUCAAUAAACAACAGUGUGAACCAGAGAAAUCAGAGAAAGUGCUGGGUCAGAGAGACUCCUUGACCAAUGGAGAAGUGGAACAGCAUUUGUCUCCUCCUCAGAAGAGCUUGCCCGACCUCCCACCACCAAAAAUAAUUCCAGAAACAAAGCAGCAAUCAGGCACCAAAGCUGAGUCUCCAGAGGGGUACUAUGAAGAAGCGGAGCCCUAUGGUAUCUCUACAAAUGAUGAUGGAGAAGUGGUCAGCAGCUCUUACGAAUCCUAUGAUGAGGAAGAGAGCAGUAAGGGCAAGUCAGCUCCACACCAGUGGCCUUCCACCGAAGCUUCCAUUGAGCUAAUGAAAGAUGCCCGGAUCUGUGCUUUCCUGUGGCGAAAGAAAUGGCUGGGGCAGUGGGCCAAGCAGCUAUGCGUCAUCAAGGACAGCAGGUUGUUGUGCUACAAGACGUCCAAGGACCACAGCCCCCAGCUGGAUGUUAGUUUGGUGGCCUGCAGUGUCAUCCACAAGGAGAAGAAUGUGAGGAAGCAAGAGCACAAGCUGAAGAUCAUCCCAAUGAAUGCAGAUGUCAUUGUGCUGGGCUUGCAGAGUAAGGACCAAGCAGAACAGUGGCUCAGGGUAAUCCAAGAGACAAGCGGUCUGUACCCUGAUGGGCUAUGUGAUGGGAACCAGUAUAUCCCAGAUUCCCAGCGGCUUAGUUACCCCAAAGUGGAGUCAUCUGAGAGAUAUUCCGUAACAUCAGAAAGUGGAGGCAGCACUGAGGCUCAUCCAGAACUGCAAGAAACGAAAGACGUUAAGAAGAAAGGCACAUCUGGAUUAAAGCUGAGUAACUUGAUGAACCUUGGGAGAAAGAAAUCGUCAUCACUGGAAGGUCCAGAAAGGUCUCUGGAUACUUGUACAUACCUGAAUGUACUUGUGAACAGCCAGUGGCGAUCUCGGUGGUGUCACAUUAAAGAUGGGCAGCUGCAUUUCUACCAGGACAAGAACAGAAGCAAAACUGCUCAACAGCCUCUGAACCUGAUAGGCUGCGACAUUGUCCCAGAGCCAAGCCUGGACCAUCUCUACUCUUUCCGUAUCCUGCAUAAUGGGGAAGAACUGGCCACGUUAGAGGCCAAGUCUUGUGAAGAAAUGGGCCACUGGCUAGGCCUCCUUUUAUCAGAAUCUGGCUCGAAAACAGAUCCUGAAGAACUGACCUACGACUAUGUUGACGCUGACAGAGUAUCCUGCAUUGUCAGUGCUGCAAAGAAUUCUUUCCUUUUAAUGCAGAGGAAGUAUUCCGAGCCCAACACCUAUAUUGAUAACCUGCCAAAGGGAAAAGAGGAUCAAGAGGAGCUCUAUGACGAUGUGGACAUUCCAGAGGCACCCGUGGAGGAAAUACCCUCAAACGAAGGCAAAGGGGAAGGGGAACAAGACAGAGUCUACCUAGACCUCACUCCUGUCAAAUCCUUCCUCCAUUGUGCUGGCAAGAAGCAUGCUCAGAUGUCCCCUUCAGCUUCCCCUUCUUUACAAAGAGCUGCUGUUAAUAACUCAACAGACUCCACCAAAGACUCAUCCACGAUGCAUAAAGAAACAGAUGUGAGCAGAAGGUCAAUGGAAAUCCCAGACCAGAGACAUCAAGACAUAGAUGAGCUGCUGCCCCUACGGACAUCCACGGUGAAAAUCCAAACACAGCAGCAGCAAAUUGCAUUUCCUCAGAGUGGCCCUGAGAUCAGGGACACCACAACAAUUGUGACUGUCCCCAAAGAGAAAAUGGACCGGUCCAAGGUCAUUAAUACAGCACCUGUAGAAACCAAACUAGGCAAGAACAGGACAGAGGCCGAGGUGAAGCGGUACUCAGAAGAGAAAGAACGCCUGGAGAAGGAGAAAGAGGAAAUCCGCUCUCAGCUGGCACAGCUUCGGAAAGAGAAAAGGGAGCUGAAAGAGAUGCUGAUAAGCUGCACAGAUAAGAGCCUUUUGUCUACAAAGGAGCAAAAACUGAAGGAAAUAGAGGAGGAGUGCAAAAAGAAGGAAGAUCAGCGUGUGGACUUAGAGCUGAGCCUUGUUGAAGUGAAGGAGAACCUCAGGAAAGCAGAAUCUGGUCCUGUUACGCUCGGCACAGCCGUGGAUACGACACAUCUGGAAAAUGCAAGCCCCAAAGUGAAAGUUGCCAACCCUGUGAAUGGCACAGAAAACUCACCAGUGAAUUCAGCAAUGGCAUUGAAAAACCGGCCGUUAUCGGUUAUGGUCACAGGGAAAGGAACAGUUCUACAGAAAGCAAAGGAAUGGGAGAGAAAAGGUGCUAGUUAGGAAACCACAGCAUCCAGGAUGGACUUAAGACUAUAAAUGGCCCUGCAUAGACCAAAGGACUCUUAUCGCCAGUAGGCAAAAAGGUCCAGAUGAGAUAAAGCACAGCUGGCAGCUUACCGUGUCAUCUGUCAAGAAGAAACGAUGGGCCUGGGACCUAUAUCCACACGGUCUUCUUCAGAAUAAGGAUUCUUCUCCUUUUAGCAGAGUUGUGCUGUAUAGCUAAGAGAGUUAACACAAAUGAAAACAUUGCUUCUAACCCCAUUGAUGUCGUAAAAAUGUUGCUGUACAUAAGGAUGCUUUUGUGUAUUCCUGUGUUGGUGUUUUAUCAUUGUACAAUCCAAGAUAUGUCAUUAAUAACAGAACAUGGAGUUAUCACUUCAAAGAGGAUCUGUUGUACAUUCUUUUUGUUUUGUUACAGCAGGGCCGUAGCAUAGGCAAGGAUGGAAAACACAACUGAGAAGCUAACUACCAGUUCAUAUAUCUGUGUUCUCCUUUGGCUGAGCUUUGCUAAGCAAUGAAGAAAAUCUGAGAGACACUCAUGGGAAACACAAUAGCACAGCUAAGAAUUAGAAGCUGUGUACAGGAUUUCUCAUUUUAAAAAAUCUGGAAUCCAAAGCAUACAGCGAUGUAAGUUUCAAAGUGUAGUGCUGGUACACAGAAGGAAACCUCUCUCCUGGGCCCUUGGAGCUUGUAGCAGUGCAUCCUGAUCUGGUGAGCUCCAAGGGACUCCAUAUGCACACAAAGAACUCCUGCACCUCAGGGGCAGGACUGGUGCUGCGGAAGCGUCCCACUGUGCAAGGAUCUUCCCUUAACAUUGAAGUGUACUGUAUGAAUGGAAGCAUAGCUGGAUGACGGGGAAACAAAAGUUAAUUGAAAAUGAAAUGACAAAGGGGUGGGUUUUCAUUCCCAUCUUUUAGAAUACGUUUAAGGCACUGCUGAAUAAUUCUAACGCACUUUAGUAGCUCAGGAAUGCUCCAUAUACAUGUAAUAGUAGAUUAUAAACUCACAGAUGCCCCAUCGCUUCUGGAUUGUGUACAUUAGUCAAUAGAGAGAGUAGGCUGUAUAAGUGGCAAGUGGAUGGAAAAGCAAUUUUAAAAAUUACUGUUGAAUUUGGAGCAUAACCCCAUCCGAAUGAUUGUGGAAAAUGUGUUCCUUCUCUUUGGAAGAUAAAGAAGACAUCUUGGUGUCGGUAGGGUUACGAGCUUCAAGUUGGGGCCAGGAGUUCUCUUUGAAUUACAACUGAUCUCCAGACUACUGAGAUCAGUUUCCUUGGUAGGAGUGGCAGCUUCGGAGGAGGGACCGUAUGGCAUCACAUCCUGUCUGAGCUCUCUUCCCAGGCAGCAGCACCAGACCUCCAGGAAUUUCCCAAGCCAUCGUUGGCCAUCUUAGACACUGGAGGUCCAUCCUAUUGGACUAUGAAGGUAGAGCUAAGGUUUUGUGCAGUGUUUGUCUACUCCACAAGGAGAAGCUGCAACAAACUAGAGAGAGUUUGAGUGUCACUGUUUUUAUAUAUCCCUUUGCAACACUGUUGAUUGCUGUUAACCCAGACACGUGGUGUUCUCAGAUGUGUGGAGUAAAUGCCAGAAUCACCAAUUGUAUGACCCACAGAGAAUGACCCACAGAUUUAGACAAUGGAUGUCAUGUUGUUUGUUCCAUUCUGUACCAUAGCCCCUGAAAAGACUUCCCAGGCAAAUGCAAAAGAAACUCUGCCUCUCGGAAGAAAGACUGGGUGGCCUCCUUGGUCCAGUGAGUAGGACACCACCUCCCCCAAUUGUGUCUUUGAUAGAAGAAAAGAAAAAGAAGGAAAAAAAACAGAAAUAGCUCCACAAUUGCACAGCCUCAAAGAAACCCAGCGCUAUUCCUAGUGAGGAUGCGAUCCAGGAUAGGCUCCUCCAACCCCUCUACCACAGUAGGCAAGACUGCAAGAAGUUUAGAAGAGCCUGUAUGGUCUGAGGAGCAAAACCACUCAGAGCAGGAUUUCCUCCUCUGAAGGAGAACUGGAAAUUCCCUCCUUUCAAUGCACCCUUCUGCACCUGUGUUCCUAUGAACAGAAGUGUACAUAGAGCAAAGUAGGACAAAUCUUUCUUCAGGGAAAUUCAAAGAGGGUAACAUCAGCCUAUGGAACAGGGUUAGGUGUAGGCUCAACAUCAAAAAUUUCAGGCUUUAAAUGUUUGUGUAGUUCCAUCAAAAUACUCACUGCUUUAAAAACAGCAGCUGAGAAUUUAGCAAGUUUGCCACCCACAGACUCUUUCCACACUAUCAUUCUACUGAAAGAUAAGUGUGCCUUUGUGUUCAUCAGUUGUUCCAGAAGAUUCAGACCUCUCACAAUUAGCAUUUCAGUUGUGGGGAAAUUAAAUUUUCUCACUGUUUUGUCACUGGGGCCAUGCAAUUGCUCCAGAUAAUGCCUGUUGUAGUUUAUAGAGAUUUGUGUACUGAAACUGGAUGAGCAUCACAAGUACCUACUUAGUGCCCAUGACAACAGUAGUUAUCAUACCUGUGCCAUUUUAGAACAUAUGCCUAAUGGUAUACCUAGGGGACUCAUGGUUUAUCUCCUAGAUAUUUUAAAAUAGUUUUAGACAAUGAAUGCCUCUGCUCCACUAAUGGUGCACUGUAGCCUCUAAAUGUAGAGGGGGAAAAUCCUGACUAACUUGCAAAGUUAUUGGGUUGGAACCAAUGGUCCCUCUAAGCUGUGGAGUCCCAUGAGCAAAAAUUGUA